CGAUCAUGUGUGCUCCACCGGAACCGAAUAACUUGGACUGGAUUCCCUGGUUCCGAUAUGUGAUUCUUCGGAUCAUUCUGUGGAUCUCGAGAAACUCGAGGAAAAUGAGAUUCGCCCCGCUGAUUGAUCUCCUCAGCAAAGAUCCUUUCGUUUACGGAGCGAUUCCGAAUCCCCGCGAGUUCGAAGAGGAAUGGCCGUACCCUACCAAACGAUUGCAAGCCAAGAAAAUCGAUGACAAAGUGGCGAUUUUCUGUACGUCGCCUUCGGGACAAAUGCUGGCGAUUAACUUCGCCAGGAAAUCUGACAGAAUCGCUUCACUUUUCCUCUAUCUCAGAACUCUUGCGGCAUCCUAUGUUUUCACGAAAGAGCUGAGCGUAGAUCUGUCAACGGAGGACACGUUCGCCAUCGAUGGCCUCAAGCUCGAGUGUGUGAUACCCAUGCGCCGCUGGAGAAUAUCGUUCAAUGGACUCCUCAGAAACCAAGCCACGGGGAAAGACGAGCAUGUUCGUUUCGUGUUCACCGCCAACUUCAUCAAUAACUUAGCUGAUCUUGGUGGAUUCCAAUCAGAAAGACACUUGGCUCUCACUCUGUGUAAGAAUCCAUCACUCGAGUUGCUCCCUCUGGUAUCGAAUCCCGAGAGUUUAAACGAUCACCUUAGGGAAAUCGAUACUCUGGUUCAGACUUACUCGUUUGUGGGGAAACUCCGAACGAGAGAAAAUGUCCCAGGAGCUGAGAGCUACGAGGAAGAAGUUUAUGCGUUUGGACAGAAGACGAGAAGUCACGAAAAAGAGUCAUCAGCUGUCGAGUCGCUCGGCUGCUUUAUGGGAUACACGAGGAAUGGGAUUUCAUGUUACGUUGAAGCUUCGAGAAUCGCCAAUCUCUCACCGUCGUUGACGUCUGGGGCGAUUCUUUACCCCUCCUUCGUCCACACCCCCAUCGAUAGAAUCACCGAGAAUAUCAUGAACGGCGACCGGAUACGGAAUGAAUUCGUUUUGCAAAGCGGCAAGUGUUUGCCUUCGAUGAAAGUCCAGCUACUCGAAGAGUUGGAAAACUCCAGUUUUAUCGUCCAGUUCAACUCCGAGUAUCGAAGAAGAGAAGUUCGCUUCUUCAAAAUGUCUCUGGAUGAUAGAGAAGGGUUCGGAGUUUUUAUAGGGGGACUCGGGACUCGGGUGACACCUAUGAUUCCCAAAGUUGCGAAGCACAUGAUCAACACGUCGCCGAGGAGCACAUCGAACGUUGUGAGCUUCGAGGAUGCAAGCUGUUCUGACGGUAGUCUCACCGGAGGAAAAGCAAGCUCUCUGGCGGUUCUGACCGAGCUCGCCUCCGAGUCGAAAAAAUUCAAAGUCGCCAGAGGUGUCGCAGUGACGACGGAAGCAUACUCGAAAUUCAUCGGACAGAGGGAAGUGUCGGGAGCGAUCGAUCAUCUGCAGAGCUCAAUCGUCGAUCAAUUACGGGCCGAUGAAUUACGAAGAAUUUGCGAAAAUGCGGUAUCCACUAUCGGGAGGCAGCCGCUCCCGCUCGAAGUGAGAGGCGAUAUCGAGCGGCAAUUACGUCGAAUUUUCGAAGAUGUCGACACCACGAAAUUCGCCGUGCGAUCCUCUGCUUGCGGAGAAGAUUCGGAGGACAUGUCGGCUGCUGGUCAAAUGGAAACAUUGCUCGGAGUCAAAGGCCUCUCGAAAAUUUUCGAAUCGGUGGCGAAAUGUUGGGCGAGCCAAUUCUCUUUCGUCGCAGUUCAGUACAGAAGACGGUACGGACAGCCCGUCAAUUGCCCUAUGGCUGUUUGCAUACAAGAGAUGGUUCCCUCCGAAGUUUCCGGAGUCAUGUUCACCGUGGAUCCAGUCACGUCUAACCCCGCCUACAUAACAGUCACAGCGAAUUACGGGCUCGGGGAGAGCGUUGUUGCCGCCACAGCUGAUCCCGAUACGUUCGUCUUGGAGAAAACACCCUCGGGAGGACGAGUGAUUUCCUCCUCAAUCGGAUCAAAGAAACUCCGCACCGUGAUGCUCGACGGAGGCGGAACCCAAGAUAUCACUGACGUGCGGGACGGGAGCUCGGAAGCGUGUCUGACCGAGGAUCGUCUGUCUCAGCUGGCUGCGGCGGCUCGGGCGGUUGAGGAGCACUACGCGUCUCAACGAGAUACCGAAUGGGCGUUCGCUCCCGGGGGUCAGUUGUUCAUGCUCCAAGCCCGUCCAGUGACCUCAGCUCACGUUUUAGAUUCUGAAUUCGAAUCAUAUCAUGAGACCGACGAGGGAAUUGUGUGCGAAUACGAUUGUCUAUCGAAAGCAAACGUGGGAGAAGUUUUCGGCGGCAGCCCCUCACCGCUGACGCUCGACACCACGUUCAGAUCGUUCUGUCGUAUGUUCAAAGCCAUGACCGUGAAGAUGCAAGGGUUGAAACCGUACGAGGCGCAUUUCUCGAGAGAUCAGUUCUUUUUCCGUCAAAAUGCUCAAUGCUUUUUCGGCACUUUCACGAUGAUGACAGAUUAUACCCGAGAUGACGUCAUAUCGAAAGGUUUCUCGAUAUCAAUGUGUGGCCGCAUAAUUGACGACGAAAUCGUCAAGGUCGGAGCCGAGAACAAGAGGCGCUACGCCAUUCGACCGAUGCGGCCGAAUUUGCUCCACUUCAUCCGCGACUUAUGGAAAGCCGAUAGAGCCCUCGAGGAGGCGGAAGUAUUUGUGAGGAAUACGGAGCACUCACUCGAGGAUUGUAAGACGAGCAAAGAAAUGCUGAUCCGAAUUUUGAGUUCAACGGAUCUCCAAGAAACUGCCCUCGAAGGUCACUCGAAACAAAUGUUCUUCGGAACGAUCAACAACGUUCUCGCGUUGACACUGCUGUCGCAUUCAGAAGGAGGCUACACAGCGCGUGUUUACGGCGACUUCGCGAAAAUGGUUGCUUCGUGCAACAAUCUCGUGAGCGCGGAUGUUCCGCUUUCCCUCCAGAAGCUGAGCCUUCAGGCGCAGGAAGAUUAUGGACUUGGUUUCAAAACGCUCCCCGUCGAGGAAGCUCUCGAGAAACUCAGACAAGAUUCGACCGCGAGCGCCGGUCUCUUCACCAAGUUUCUCAAGGAACACGGGCACCGGUGCCUCAAUGAGUUUGAUCUAGUGAGCCGACCGUGGGGCAUGGAUCCAACCCCAGUUGUGAAAACCAUCCAGUCGAUGAUUGGAGUGACGGAACUCGCUGAAAAAUCUGAAACUAGCCUCGACGACUUGAUCCAGAGUCUCGACAUCAAGCUCAACCUACCGAAGCGUCUCGCGCUUCGAUAUGUCCUGAAACGAGUGCGCAAAGGAAUAGCGAAUCGAGAGCGAGCCAAGUCGAAUCUCAUACUCGCUUCCCACAAGUAUCGUCUGCUGUUCCGCCAACUCGCAGAUCAGCUCGUCCGGGAGGGCUUGAUCCCGGACCCUGAGUUGAUGUUCUUUUUGGUCCCUUCGGAAAUCUACCAAUUGAUCGAGUCGCGCUCUCCAAAAAUCAUCGUCCGAGCCAUGAACCGGAUGCGAAUAAAGGAAAAAGCGGCGAAGGACGUCUAUCCCGAGCAUGUGACUGGUCUCCCUGUGAAGCCGAUAAAUUGGGCUCCGGUGUCGCUUGACGUCAAGGGAACUCGUCGGAUGGAAGGCACCCCUGUUUCGCAAGGGACCGCGAUAGCGACAGCGCGCGUUGUGAUGUCGAUAGACGACGCUGAUCAAAUUCAAAAAGGCGACAUCUUAAUCACCUAUGCCACCGACAUCGGUUGGAGUCCUUAUUUCCCGCUUCUCGGUGGGGUCGUCACCGAGCUUGGAGGACUCAUAUCUCACGGAGCCGUCGUCGCCCGAGAAUACGGUUUACCGUGCAUCGUCGCCGCCCAUGGAGCCACGCAGCUAUUCCGAUCAGGGGAAAAAGUUCUCCUCGACGGAAGCAACGGAUUCAUACAAACUGUUGAAUGAGAAUAUUUGGCCGGAGGAAAAUGGAGGCGCCCAAUCAAAGGACAGAUACGGCCCUCAAUCUGGAACCGCGUCGCGGAUCGCCAGGCUCACUUUCCUGUGUCGGCGGAUCGCAAUGCACACUAGGUCGAAUAUAUUGAGAGAAGAUGAAGGAGCUCCGCGUGUUGCAUGGAUUCAGGAAGCCGGUCACGAGUGAGGUCAUUCUAAGAAAGUACAUUCCUACGGUCGUUGAUCUCGCCGUUUCCUAGAUACACAGAACCGAGUGUAUCGAGCAUCUGAACAUAUUGUAUGUACAAAUAUCGAGCGCCUGAGUCCGCUCGCGGCUCUUGUGGAUUACGACGAGGCUCUUGAGAUUCUUUGACGUCAUAGAGGAAUUAUUCAGUCGCAGGAUAUAUAUAGGAAUCCCAGGACUUUCUGAUCCAGCGAGAUCGAUGAGACGAGAGGCAUCGGUUCCGAAUCGACGAGAUCCCUCCCCUCGAUCCUCGAUAUAACACAACGACUUACGCUCGAUCCACCAUCAGAAUAAAAACUAUCGAA